CACGAGUACAUCCUGGGACAGUUGGUUUUGUUUUUAAGACGUGACGUUGUUGUGAAAUACAAAUAUAAAUCAAUUUCGCUAAAAUGCAGAGGGAGGACAAACCCAGCCUGCUGCUCUCCUUCCACACUGAGUCCAAACAGUUUUCUGAUUGUGAAAUUGAAGCUCAGAGGGCAUUGGGGGAUUCAGAGAUGACAUCAGUAAAGCAGGAAAACAAAAGUCAAACGCUUGGACAGAAUCUUAACAUUAAAGAUGAAGAGGAGGAGACAGAUUGGGUUAUCAUUAAUAAUGGAGAGGUAGAUUUACUCACUCAAGAUGGGAUUCCUGAAGUGGAGAAGCUUGGAGGGAAACAACAGGAAGACUACAAGCAUGAGAAGUUUCCCCAUUUUGAAAAAAAUUUAUCAUCACUAUCACAGUUAAAAAGACACAUUAAUAUACAUACAGAUGAGAAGCCUUUCUGCUGUUCUGACUGUGGGAAGAGUUUCUCUCAAUUAGGUAGCCUUAAACUUCACCAGCGCAUACAUACUGGAGAGAAGCUUUUCUGCUGUUCUGACUGUGGGAAGAGUUUCAUUAGAUCAUCUCAUCUUAUUAGUCAUCAGAGACUGCACACAGGUGAGAAACCUUUCUCCUGUUCUGACUGUGGGAAGAGUUUCUCUCAAUUUGGUCACCUUAAAUUUCACCAGCGUGUACAUACUGGAGAGAAGCCUAACUCCUGUUCUGAAUGUGGGAAGUGUUUCUCUCGAUUAAAUGACCUUAAAGUUCACCAGCGCAUACAUUCUGGUGAUAAGCCUUACUCCUGUUCUGACUGUGGGAAGUGUUUCAUUAGAUUAUCUUAUCUUAUUAGUCAUCAGAGACUGCACACAGGUGAGAAACCUUUCUCCUGUUCUGACUGUGGGAAGAGUUUCUCUCAAUUUGGUCACCUUAAAUUUCACCAGCGUGUACAUACUGGAGAGAAGUCUAACUCCUGUUCUGAAUGUGGGAAGUGUUUCUCUCGAUUAAAUGACCUUAAAGUUCACCAGCGCAUACAUUCUGGUGAUAAGCCUUUCUCCUGUUCUGACUGUGGGAAGAGUUUCUCUCAAUUAGGUAACCUUAAAUUACACCAGCGCAUACAUACUGGAGAGAAGCCUUACUCCUGUUCUGACUGUGGGAAGAGUUUCUUUCAAUUAGGUCACCUUAAAGUUCACCAGCGCUUGCAUACUGGUGAAAAGCCUUACUCCUGUUCUGACUGUGGGAAGUGUUUUAUAAGAUCAUCUGAUCUUACUAGUCAUCAGAGAUUGCACACAGGUGAGAAACCUUUCUCCUGUUCUGACUGUGGGAAGAGUUUCUUUCGAUUAGGUGACCUUAAAUCACACCAGCGCAUACAUACUGGAGAGAAGCCCUACUCCUGUUCUGACUGUGGGAAGUGUUUCUCUCAAUUAGGUAACCUUAAAUUUCACCAGCGCAUACAUACUGGAGAGAAGCCCUACUCCUGUUCUGACUGUGGGAAGUGUUUCUCUCAAUUAGGUAGCCUUAAACGACACCAACGUGUACAUACUGGAGAGAUGCCUUACUCCUGUUCUGACUGUGGGAAGUUUUUCAUUAGAUCAUCUCAUCUUGUUCGUCAUCUGAGAUUGCACACAGGUGAGAAACCUUUCUCCUGUUCUGACUGUGGGAAGUGUUUCUCUCAAUUAGGCAGCCUUAAACGUCACCAGCGCGUACAUACUGGACAAUAAUACCGGACAUUUGACACUGGAGCGUAAUUUUGACAAUUGACAAGUUUUACAGUAUCAAGCAGUUCGGCUGUCUGUUCUUGAGCGUGAGAAACAUAACACAACACAAAGUGCGGAUUUACUCUGAUCAAAAUAAAAUAGAUAGGAUGUGGGUCCCUCACAUCCUGUCCAUACCUCCUGAUAGGAGUUUUCCAUGUGACUGUCAUAGACUAUAUGAAUAGACCCACGGACCGUAGGUUGGGACAUACCAUUGUGAGAAAGCCUGUCUUUACCUGAUGAAACACAGGUAUUUAAGUUCUCGGAUAUUGGAGAUGUACUGCAGGAUAAUAGACACUAUAAUAGUUGGUUAUAAUAACUGACCACCUCCUAUGUGUCCUGGCAUAAAUGACUGUGUUAACUUUGUAAUUAUUGGAGAACAUGUAAGUACUAUGGAAGAUCAACAUCAUAUUUUAAAUAAAGAUUCUCACCAGAAUUCUGGUUGCAUUAUUUUUGUUCAUGGAUCAAAAGUGGACUGAAUCUAACUUGAUUGCCCAGGUUGGUGCCACCCUGUCACAGGACACUAAAUACUGUUAGGGAAAUUUCUUAAACUGAUGUAUUUUUACUGAUUAAAGGACUGGGUCCCCAUGUUUAGAUAAGUAGUGGAAUGUGGGAGAGGGGGAUCUAGUAUUUGUCUAAGGUGGCAUCCUUGACUGGUAGCAGCAGAUUAUAGGCAGAUUUACGAUUAACCCUAUCUGUAUAACCCAUUAGUGUCUUUCUGUAGUUUGUCCAGAUGCUUUAAGUCCUCCUCAAGGGUUGAGAAGGUUACCCAGGGGGGAGGGAGGACAACAGGGGCCUUGUGAUAUGUGAUAGAUAGAAGGGAAUGAGUUGUAUUGACAUAAGACAGAUGGGUAGCAUCUGCAUCUUACCACACCCCUUUGCCCCCCUUAAAUACUGAGGUUGUCCUGUGUUAAUUUAGAGAUUAUUCAUUGUUACUUUGUAAUCUGUGUAUUCUCUCCU